CCGUCCAUCCUUCCUUGAGUCUCCCUCCAUUCGGCGGCUUUGCCAUCAUGCGUCGGUUCAGCUCAGAGGGGUCCCUACUGGAUAUGGACUUCCUGCCAUGGAAGAAGGUGGCGCUGAAGGACCAGAACUACCACAGCCGGGACGGGGAUUCAGGCACCUACACGCCCUACCUGGAGGAGGACGAACUGGAUAGGCGGACCACCUCUUUCCCCCCCAACCCCAUCAUCCUGGAGCCUGGGGCCAGGGUGGAGCUGGGCAAGGAGCACAGCGUCAGCGUGGAGAACGUCACUGAACUGGGGAAGCUAGAGGGUAAGGGUCAUCUGGGAGUGGUGAACCUCAGUGAAGGAUGCAGGGCGUACAGUGACGGGCAGUUGGCGCCGGCGACUUCGGGUAGCAGCACAGAGAGCGUGGGCAGGGACGACCAGCCUCCGACCUCUCCCUCGUACUCAACCUUUGGCUCCAGCCCCUUCUCCUUCAAGUCACAGCAACGGUCCCACGCCAGAGCCAAGCUGUCAACAGCCAAGCUACACCUGAAGAGCCUGUUUGGGCAGGUAAAGAGUGAUGGGGGACAGGGGACAGGGGGUGGGAGGUCAGGGUCACUAGAGGUGUGGUCUCUGCCUGUGUGUUUGGUUUUGGAUGUGUUAGGCUACUGUAUGGGAAUGGAUAGCCUGUGUGUGUAAUGGCUUUUGACUACAUUAGUUCUACAUGAGUUCUACAUGAGUUCUACAUGAGUUCUACAUGAGUUCUACAUGAGUUCUACAUUGGUUCUACAUUAGUUCUACAUUAGUUCUACAUUAGUUCUAGCUUUACCACUGAGUGGGCAGAGUUCGCACAUUUUAGACCAUUUCAGUCGAGUCUGGUGAAAUAUCUACCCCACCCACGGCACCGGAGGAGCUAAACAAAUGCACCCUCUGUAGUAUCCUCCACCCUCUGUAGUAUCCUGAACCCUCUGUAGUAUCCUCCACCCUCUGUAGUAUCCUGAACCCUCUGUAGUAUCCUGAACCCUCUGUAGUAUCCUGAACCGUCUGUAGUAUCCUGAACCCUCUGUAGUAUCCUCCACCCUCUGUAGUAUCCUGAACCCUCUGUAGUAUCCUCCACCCUCUGUAGUAUCCUCCACCCUCUGUAGUAUCCUCCACCCUCUGUAGUAUCCUCCACCCCCUGUAGUAUCCUGAACCCUCUGUAGUAUCCUCCACCCUCUGUAGUAUCCUCCACCCUCUGUAGUAUCCUGAACCCUCUGUAGUAUCCUCCACCCUCUGUAGUAUCCUCCACCCUCUGUAGUAUCCUCCACCCUCUGUAGUAUCCUCCACCCUCUGUAGUAUCCUGAACCCUCUGUAGUAUCCUCCACCCUCUGUAGUAUCCUCCACCCUCUGUAGUAUCCUGAACCCUCUGUAGUAUCCUCCACCCUCUGUAGUAUCCUCCACCCUCUGUAGUAUCCUCCACCCUCUGUAGUAUCCUGAACCCUCUGUAGUAUCCUGAACCCUCUGUAGUAUUCUAACCUUGAGCUUCAUCUGACAGAAAGUGUUAUUCAUAAAUCAAGCGGCUGUCUCAAGUCAAGGUCACACCAAGUUAAUCAAAGAUUAAAUAAUCAUAAUAUAUUCAGUCUAGCUCAACAUUACACAUUAUAUUCUAGAUUUGAUUGAAAUUAUGUGUAAUUCAUUAAGCACUCUUAAAAUCCAUCCUUUUACCCUCGGGAUAAAAGUAUCUGCUAAAUGGCAAAUGGCAAAACCAAUGCAUACCAAGUUUGACAGUGGCAAGUGCCUCUCCUAUUUCCCCUAUAUGUUGGCAUACACAUUGACGUCAACUACGUCUUUCCCAGAGGUCAUGUUUUAGCGGUUUCCGUUUUUUUAUGACGCCGAUGACAGGAAAAUAUUGCUCAAUCAGAACUUCCUUAAAUGAUAUAUUACGAUUGGGCUUAAAACCAAAGAAGUCAAACCACUGAGGUUUGUGUGCUGCCUGCCUGCAAGUGUGUGUGCUGAUUAUUUAAAAUUUGGAAGUAAACUAAUGGCGUCUAUAUUUCCAGAGUCCCCAUUCAUCACACUCCAACCUGUUUGACCCGGAGCAGAAAAAACAGAAAGACCGGUAAGCUCAUCAACGUGCCUGGGCAUUGCAUUCCAAUGGUAAUCCAAAGUCAACACUGAUGUCACACAGAUAUACCUAAAUAUCCUCAUCACUUCAUUGGUAUUCAGUAACUGUUUUUAGUAAUCUUGUGCUCCAUACAUUUCCUCCGCUGUGGGCAAUAGCCUGGGGACGAGGUUUCUUUCUAAGAGGAAGAUGUUGUCUAAGGCAGAGUCCCAGGCCAAAUGCCACCCGAUUCCCUACGUAGCCCAAAUGGCUCUUGUCAAAAUUACUGCACUAUAUAGGGAAUAGGAUGUAAUUUCCCUGGUCAAAAGUAAUGCACAACACAAGGAAUAGGGUGCCAUUUGGGACGUACCCUAAGAACCCCAAAUGUUCAGUUUGAUAGGAUGCCACAACAAAAGAAUACCCAUCUGGACGUCAUCCACCCUUGAGGUUGUAAUGAUACUGAGCCAACCAGUUGUCGAAAUAAGGGUUGUGUCAUCAUGAAAUCAGAUCCAACCACACCAAAACGUACUUGUCAUCUCCCUUUUUCCCUGUCUCUGCUCUCUCCUUACCCCUCCUCUCUCUUCGUCUCUCUCUCUCCCUGUCUCUCUCUCCCUCUCUCUCUAUCCCUGUCUCUCUCUCUCUACCACUCUCUCUCUCUCCCUGUCUCUCCCUGUCUCUCUCUCUCUACCUCUCUCUCUCUCUGUCUCUCUCUCUCCGUCUCCACUCUCUCCUUACCCCCCCCCUCUCUCUCUCUCUCUUUCUCUUCGUCUCUCUCUCUCUCUCUCUCUCUCUCUCUCUCUGUCUCUGUCUCUGUCUCUGUCUCUGUCUCUGUCUCUCCCUCUCUCCCUUCCUCUCCUCCCUAACAGUGCUAAAGAGCAGCAGUCUCGCCUCCUGUUCCUUCGCCAAUGGAGUCAGGUGGGCCACAUCAAGGCCAAGUUCAGCCGGGAGGAACUGGAUAAGUGGGCUGAGUCGCUGGACGCCCUCCUGGUUAGUCGGAGUAAGUAGACUAGGAAACCCUCCUGGCCAGUAGACUAGGACACCCUCCUGGCCAGUAGACUAGGACACCCUCCUGGCCAGUAGACUAGGACACCCUUCUGGCCGGUAGACUAGGACACCCUCCUGGCCAGUAGACUAGGACACCCUUCUGGCCAGUAGACUAGGACACCCUCCUGGCCAGUCGGAAUAAGUAGACUAGGGCCCUAUUCAUUACUAAACACCGUAGCAAAUGUUUUUUUUUUUUUUUUUCGACGGAAAACUAAAACAAGUAUUAUAGUCAGACUGAGUAGUACAGCCAGUCCCAAACCACUCCCUACCCUUCCUCCUUGGCCCUUACCCUUCCAUGUUUGAUGAUCUGAAGGGCUUUAUUCAGGUAUAAUCAGAGUCGUGGUGAAGUUUCCACCAUAAUGCUUCCACCGUACAGAUCUACAAACAUGGAAGGGUUAUGGCAAAGGUAAUCUCGGCAUCCCAGAAGGAAACUCUGGCGCCAGCUACUUGAUUAGGUUCUGGGGGGGAGAGGUAUGAGAAAAGAUACUGGAAUGAGGAGAGGAAGCAGGGAGGUAGCUCCACCCCCCCCUCUCUCUGCAAGUUUUGGUCAAGUCUAUGAGCCAAAUGUCUCCUUCCCCAAUUUAAAACAUGUGCACACCUGCCAAAUCGUAAUUUCUCCAAAUGACCAGUGCCCCCCCCAAAAAAAAAGAUUUGACGGUAUUUUAUGUUUUUAAAUAAUAAAUGUUCUAAAUGUUCUUUAUGAGUUGUGCAUGACCGUAGCUAGGGUGGCAACACAUACGCUACCAGUCAAAAGUUUGGAAACACCUACUCAUUCAAGGGUUUUCUUUAUUUUUACUAUUUUUUACAUUGUAGAAUAAUAGAGAAGACCUAAACUAUGAAAUAACACAUAUGGAAUCAUGUAGUAACCAAAAAAGUGUUAAACAAAUCAAAAUCUAUUUUAUAUUUGAGAAUCUUCAAAUAGCCACCCUUUGCCUUGAUGACAGCUUUGCACACUCUUGGCAUUUUCUCAACCAGCUUCACCUGGAAUGCUUUUUCAACAGUCUUGAAGGAGUUCCCACAUAUUCUGAGCACUUGUUGGCUGCUUUUCCUUCACUCUGCGGUCCGACUCAUCCCAAACUAUCUCAAUUGGGUUGAGGUCAGGGGAUUGUGGAGGCCUGGUCAUCUAAUGCAGCACUCAAUCACUCUCCUUCUUGGUAAAAUAGCCCUUACACAGCCUGGAGGUGUUUUGGGUCAUUGUCCUGUUGAAAAACAAAUGAUAGUCCCACUAAGCUGAAAUUAGCUCGCCCAACUACCUCAUCCCUAUAUUGUUAUUUAUUUUGAUCAUUUGUACCCCAGUAUCUCUAUUUGCACAUCAUCUCUUGCACAUCUAUCAUUCCAGUGUUAAUACUAAUUGUAAUUAUUUUGCACUAUAGCCUAUUUUAUUGCCUUACCUCCAUAACUUGCUAAAUUUGCACACACUGUAUAUAUAUGUAUUUCUGUUGUAUUUUUUGACUUUGUUUUGUUUUACCCCAUAUGUAACUCUGUGUUGUUGUUUUUAUCGCACUGCUUUGCUUUAUCUUGGCCAGGUCGCAGUUGUAAAUGAGAACUUGUUCUCAACUGGUUUACCUGGUUAAAUAAAGGUGAAAUAAAAAAUUAAAAAAUAAAAAUAAAUAAGCCCAAACCAGAUGUGAUGGCGUAUCGCUGCAGAAAGCUGUGGUAGCCAUGCUGGUUAAGUGUGCCUUGAAUUCUAAAUAAAUCACAGACAGUGUCACCAGCAAAGCACCCCCACACCAUAACAUCUCCUCCUCCAUGCUUUACGGUGGGAAAUACAUAUGCAGAGAUCAUCCGUUCACCCACACCGUGUCUAACAAAGACACAGCGGUUGGAACCAAAAAUCUCCAAUUUGGACUCAUCAGACCAAAGGACACAUUUCCACCGGUCUAAUGUCCAUUGCUCGUGUUUCUUGGCCCAAGCAGGUCUCUUCUUCUUAUUGGUGUCCUUUAGCAGUGGUUUCUUUUCAGCAAUUCGACCAUGAAGGCCUGAUUCACACAGUCCCCUCUGAACAGUUGAUGUUGAGAUGUGUCUGUUACUUGAACUGUGUGAAGCAUUUAUUUGGGCUGCAAUUUCUGAGGCUGGUAACUCUAAUGAACUUAUCCUCUGCAGCAGAGUUAACUCUGGGUCUUCCAUUCCUGUCGCAGUCCUCAUGAGAGCCAGUUUCAUCAUAGAGCUUGAUGGUUUUUGCGACUGCACUUGAACAAACUUUCAAAGUUCUUGAAAUGUUCCGUAUUGACUGACCUUCAUGUCUUAAAGUAAUGAUGGACUGUCGUUUCUGUUUGCUUAUUUGAGCUGUUCUUGCCAUAAUAUGGAUUUGGUAUUUUACCAAAUAGGGCUAUCUUCUGUAUACCCCUCCUACCUUGUCACAACACAACUGAUUGGCUCAAACGCAUUAAGAAGGAAAUAAAUUCCACAAAUUAACUUUUAAGAAGGCACACCUGUUAAUUGAAAUACAUUCCAGGUGACUACCUCAAGAAGCUGGUUGAGAGAAUUCCAAGAGUGUGCAAAGCUGUCAUCAAGGCAAAGGGUGGCUAUUUGAAGAAUCUCAAAUAUAAAAUAUAUUUUGAUUUAUUUAACACUUUUUUUGGUUACUACAUGAUUCCAUAUGUGUUAUUUCAUAGUUUUGAUGUCUUCACUAUUAUUCUACAAUGUCGAAAAUUGUAAAAAAUAAAGAAAAACCCGGGAAUGAGUAGGUGUGUCCAAACUUUUGACUGGUACUGUACAUUCUAAGUGAUUUCAAUUAGGCUUUUUUCCAUUCUGAUUUGUUUAGUACUGUUCAAUCAAAAUUAAACCGAAAGUUGAUCUCAUAAAUUUCCACACUGCCACGUAGGGCUGCACGAUAUUUUUAACCAAAUGUUGCAGCCUUGCGAGGGUUAACACGCUUAACUGUCUUACUCCCGUCAGCCACGGAGGACGAGAGCCCACUGUCCUUGGUAGCGGGCCGCGUCAGUGGCACUGUGUUAUCCUCAAAGCGGGCGAAGAAGGUGUUUAGCUUGUCUGGAAGUGAGACGUCGGUGUCGGCGACGUGGCUGGUUUUCUUUUUGUAGUCCGUGAUUGUCUGUAGACCCUGCCACAUACGUCUCGUGUCUGAGCCGUUUGAUUGCGACUCCACUUUGUCACUAUACUGACGUUUUGCCUGUUUGAUUGCCUUACGCAGAGAAUAACUACACCGUUUGUAUUCGGCCAUAUUCCCAAUCACCUUGCCAUGGAUAAAUGCAGUGGUUCGUGCUGCACUGUUGGAGCUAGAAACACAAGCAUUUCGCUAUAACCCGCAAUAACAUCUGCUAAACACGUGUAUGUGACAAAUAACGCUUUGAUUUGAUUUAAAUGUCAUAUAGAUCCAUUUCUCUCACUGAAGGUAGUUUCGGUUUUAUUAUUCGAUUUACAAACUAAUAUAAUCUGGAUACAUGAUCCGAGUACACAAUCUUGAAUACAUGGAGUGUAUACACAUUGCUCAAACACUUAGUUAAAGGUCAAUAGCUAGAGCUUUUGGAAAGCAUGCAGUGACUGUGGUAGCCAAGCUUAGUCUGAUAGUCUGCACAACUUGAACACAUACAGGCUGUUUACAAGGAUAACUUUAACACGACAUACAGGCUGUUUACAAGGUAUUGUUGAUAUGCUGCAGUGUCCACACUUGUUCUCUUUGUGUGUGUCACAUACAAAUGUACAUACGUAUUAAUGUGUUUCACAAUGUUGUAACCACUGUGUCCGCUAUCUGCUGCCCUCCUUCCUUUCCCCACCCAGUCAGCCUCUUUGCACAAACAUAUGUUGCAACCCAGUGUCUAAGCAAAAAACAGAAGUGUAUGAGAGAGAGAGAGAGAGAGAAGGGGGAGAGGGAGAGAAGGGGGAGAGGGAGAGAAGGGGGAGAGGGAGAGAAGGGAGAGAAGGGGGAGAGGGAGGGAGGGAGGGGGAGAGGGAGAGAAGGGGGAGAGGGAGGGAGCGAGACAGUAUGGAGGGUGUGACUGAUUUAGAAAGCAAUAAAGUUAGAUGGCAAUAAUGAAAAUGCACUGGAAAAAAAUCCUAGGAUUGAUUUUAGUACUUUUACAGUCUGUGUGUAUGUCCUGUAUCUGUGCAAAUGUGUGUACAUGUGUGUUUGCAUGUCACUGUAUUGGCCAGUGGUGUGUACGUGUGUGUAUGUGUACGUGUGUGUUUGCAUGUCAGCGUAUUGGCCAGUGGUGUGUAAGUGUGUGUAUGUGUACGUGUGUGUUUGCAUGUCACUGUAUUGGCCAGUGUGUCUUUGAACCCAUCUGUCUCCCCUUCCUAAUCUUCCCCCUCUAGUGACAUCCUAAAUGUGGUGUACUUUUAUAAAGCCUAAUACUCUUCCCCCCCUCUCUCUUCCUCCUCCCUCUCCCCAUCACUCUCUCUAAUCCCCCCCCCCCCCCUUCCUCCUCCCUCUCCCCAUCACUCUCCUCUCCAUCCCCCCUCCCCCCUUCCUCCUCCCUCUCCCCAUCACUCUCUCUCAUCCCCCUCCCCCCUUCCCUCCUCCCUCUCCCCAUCACUCUCUCUCAUCCCCCCUCUCUCUUCCUCCUCCCUCUCCCCAUCACUCUCUCUCAUCCUCCCUCUCCUCAUCACUCUCUCUCAUCCCCCCUUCCUCCUCCCUCUCCCCAUCACUCCUCUCUCAUCCCCCCUCCCCCCUUCCUCCUCCCUCUCCCCAUCCUCUCUCUAACCCCCCCCCCCCCCUCUCCAGCGGGCUUGUCUGUGUUUGGAGCAUUCCUUCGCUCAGAGUUUAGUGAGGAGAAUCUGCAGUUCUAUCUGGCUUGUGAGCAGUACAGAAACUCCUCCAACAACUUCAGCCUGCACAGACGGGCCAAGGAGAUCACGGUCACCUAUAUCGAGGCGGGGGCACCACGAGAGGUAUACAGACUUUGUCUAUACAUUGACCGGGCUGGCUUGUUUCUGAUUGUCUGUCUAUGGUCCUCCCUGCCUGUCCGGCUGUCUGUCUGUCUAUCUGUGGUCCGGCUGGCCUUUCUAUCUACCAUCUACCAUCUACCAUCUAUCAUCUAUCAUCUAUAUCUAUCAUCUAUUAUCUACCAUCUACCAUCUAUCAUCUAUCAUCUAUUAUCUACCAUCUAUCAUCUAUUAUCUACCAUCUAUCAUCUACCAUCUACCAUCUAUCAUCUAUAAAUACCAUCUAUAUCUACCAUCUAUCAUCUAUCAUCUACCAUCUAUCAUCUAUCAUCUACCAUCUACAUUUACAUUACAUUUUAGUCAUUUAGCAGACGCUCUUAUCCAGAGCGACUUACAGUUAGCACAUACAUUAUUUUAUCAAACCCACAACCCUGGCGUUGCAAACGCCAUGCUCUACCAACUGAGCUACAUCCCCUGCCGGCCAUUCCCUCCCCUACCCUGGACGACGCUGGGCCAAUUGUGUGCCGCCCCAUGGGUCUCCCGGUCGCGGCCGGCUAUGACAGAGCCUGGAUUCGAACCAGGAUCUCUAGUGGCACAGCUAGCACUGCGAUGCAGUGCCUUAGACCACUGUGCCAUCUAUCAUAUACCAUCUAUCAUCUAUAUCUACCAUCUAUCAUCUAUUAUCUACCAUCUACCAUCUACCAUCUACCAUCUAUCAUCUAUCAUCUACCAUCUAUCAUCUACCAUCUAUCAUCUAUCAUCUAUAUCUACCAUCUAUUAUCUACCAUCUAUUAUCUACCAUCUAUUAUCUACCAUCUAUUAUCUAUCAUCUACUCUAAUCAUCAUCUAUCACAUCUACUAUCAUCAUAACCAUCUAUCAUCUACCACUACCAUACCAUCUAUCAUCUAUAUCUAAUCACCUAUCAUCUAAUCAUCUAUUAAUCUACCAUCUAUAUCUACAUCUACACCAUCUACCAUCUCACUACACCAUCAUACACAUCACAUCUAUAUCUACCAUCUACCAUCUAUCACAUCUAACAUCUAUCAUCUACCAUCUACCUAUCUAUGCAUCUACCAUCUAUCAUCUACCAUCUAUCAUCUAUCAUCUAUCAUCUAUAUCUACCAUCUACCAUCUAUCAUCUACCAUCUAUCUAUUAUCAUCUACCAUCUACCAUCUAUCAUCUAUAUCUGCCAUCUAACUCAUCUAAUCACCAUCUAUCAUCUACAUCUAUCAUCUAUAUCUACCAUCUACAUCAUCAUCUACCAUCUAUACACAUCUAUCAUCUACCAUCUAUCAUCUAUAUCUACCAUCUACCAUCUAUCAUCUACCAUCUAUUAUCUACCAUCUAUUAUCUACCAUCUAUCAUCUACCAUAUAUUAUCUAUCAUCUAUAUCUACCAUCUAUCAUCUAUCAUCUACCAUCUACCAUCUAUCAUCUAUAUCUACCAUCUAUCAUCUACAAUCUAUCAUCUAUCAUCUACCAUCUAUCAUCUACCAUCUAUCUAUUAUCAUCUAUUAUCUACCAUCUAUUAUCUACCAUCUACCAUCUAUCAUCUACCAUCUAUCAUCUAUAUCUACCAUCUACCAUCUACCAUCUAUCUAUUAUAUUGCUCUGGUUAUCUUUCUUAUCUUCUUUGACCUGGAAGUGUACCUGGAAGUGUACCUGGAAGUGUGUUUAUUAAACAGUGUCUUCUUAACUGAUCUGGAACCACUUCAUUCACCCAUAUUCUCUCUCUUUCCCUCUCAGGUGAACUUGGACAGUAAGACCAGAGAACUAACCACACAGCUCCUACAGGCCCCGUCACGCACCUCCCUGUCCCACGCCCAGAAAUGCAUCUACUCCCUCCUGGAUACAGACUGCUACCCCCGCUUCCUCCAGUCCACCAUCUACCUCAGCCUGCUAGGCCAGGCUGACUAGAGACGAAGGGCUCCAUUCAAUCCAUAUCGCCGAAGUUCAGCACUAUAGCACAAAUUGAAAUGUAAAGGCAAUGUUCCCCGCGUUCACGGAGACUGCAUUUCACGUUAAACGCUACUGCAUAUUUUGGCUCAAUACCAAUUGAAUGGAGGCAUUAUUCUCCAAUCUCCACCCUUUUCCCAAAGUGUACAGUCUCUUGCGUGGAUUCAACAAUGGUGGAAAGGAAACUCUUUCCAUCCAACACUUACACCAAUCCAGUGCUUUUGAAAUCCAUGACAGGGAGGGAGUGUGCAAGUGCACACUUUUUUGAAAAAGGGUGGAGAACUGUUGUAGAUAUGGGGCAGAAGUGGGGACAGUUGCAGGAGAUGCAGUUACAAUGUAGAGUUAAAUAGGGUUUAGGGGGGGCAGGGUUUUGGGUUUAGUCAUUUCAGUAGAGGUGAUGAGCAGGCUUGUGUUCAUUAGGGCAUGGAACAGAAAAAAAACGUUUUAAAAUGUUUUGCAACGGAAAACAAAAUUGAGUGUUUCUUAUUGGACAAGUCCAGAUAGUCCCUCCCUGUUUCAGUCAGGUUUUUUUCUUUCUUAAUUUGAUGCCUAAUGAACAUGACCCAAGUUAUGUUCUUCUUUGGGUGUGAAGGGGCUUAGGGAAGUAAAAGCAGAGAAAAGCCAUGGGGUUUGGAUGAAACCCGAGCGAUAAACGGGGGUGACGAGACAGGGGCCUGUUUUUUUUCCUCCAUGACUUAGAGGGUGCGACCCGAGGCGGCGGCGUGAAACUAUGCAGAUCUCAUUGUUUGUAAUCAUUAAACAUCCUCUUUUUCACUCGUAGCAGAGCAGCUAAGUAGCCGAAUGGUCCCCCAUGGUCCAAUGAGCACAAUACGGACAGCGCUGACAGGAAGGAUAAACAGGACGGAGCACUAGUUAAAGCACUUUGAGUUACUUGCAGCGCCUUCAGAAAGUAUUCAUAACCCUUGACUUAUUCCACAUUUUGUUGUUACAACAAUUGACUUCAAAAUGGAUUAAAUAAUAUUUUCUCAUCCAUGUACACACAAUAUCCCACAAUCACAAAGUGAAAACACGUUUUUAGAUUUUCGUUACACAUUUAUUGAAAAUGAAAUACAAAAAUAUGACAUUUACACACCCCUGAGUCAAUACUUUGUAGAAGCACCUUUGGCAGCAGCGCUUACAGCUGUGAGUCUUUCUGGGUAAAUUUCUAAGAACUUUCCACACCUGGAUUGUGCAACAUUUGCCAAUUUUAUUAUUUUCAGAAAUUCUUCAAGCUCUGUCAAAUUGGUUGUUGAUCAUUGCUAGACAACCAUUUCCAAGUCUUGCCAUAGAGUUUCAAGUAGAUUUAAGUCAAAACUGUAACUCGGCCACUCGGGAACAUCCACGGUCUUCUUGGUAAGCAACUCCAGUGUAGAUUUGGCCUUGUGUUUUAGGUUAUUGUCCUGCUGAAAGGUGAAUUCAUCUCCCAGUGUCUGAACCAGGUUUUCCUCUAGGAUUUUGCCUGUGCUUAGCUCGAUUCUGUUUCUUUUUUUAAUCCUGAGAAACUCCCCAAUCCUUAACGAUUACAAACAUACCCAUAACAUGAUGCAGCCACCACUAUGCUUGAAAAUAUGGAGAGUGGUACUCAGUAAUGUGUUGUGUUGGAUUUGCCCCAAACAUAACACUUUGUAUUCAGGACAAAAAGUUAUUUUCACUCUGUCAAUUAGGUUAGCAUUGUGGAGUAACUACAAUGUUGUUGAUCCAUCCUCAGUUUUCUCCUAUCACAGCCAUUAAACUCUGUAACUGUUUUAAAGUCCCCAUUGGCCUCAUGGUGAAAUCCCUGACCAGUUUCCUUCCUCUCCAGCAACUGAGUAAGGAAGGACACCUGUAUCUUUGUAGUGACUGGGUGUAUUGAUACACCAUCCAAAGUGUAAUUAAUAACUUCACCAUGCUCAAAGGGAUAUUCAAUGUCUGAGGUUUUUUAUUUUUACACAUCUACCAAUAGGUGCCGUUUGUGAGGCAUUGAAAAACCUCCCUCGUCUUUGUGGUUGAAUCUGUGUUUGAAAUUCACUGCUCGACUGAGGGACCUGACAGAUAAUUGUAUGUGUGGGGUACAGAGAUGAAGUAGUCAUUUAAAAAUAAUGUUAAACAAUAUUAUUGCACACAGUGAGUCAAAAUAAAUCUUUUAAUUUAAUCUAUUUUUUAUUUCAGGCUGUAACACAACAAAAUGUGGAAAAAGUCAAGAGGUGUGAAUACUUUCUGCAGGUGCUGUUUGCAGUGUAGUACAGGUGAAGCCCAAAGCCGUUCACACUGGUAGAGGAAGUAACCUUUUUAAAAGAUUGCCUCCGGGAACUCUUUCUGAAAAAGCAAUUCCCUUCAAAGACGUCACGUUAAAAUCCCUCAGAUCAGAUGGACGGUUUUAUUAACACAUCAAGACAGAUCAUUUGUUGCUAGAUCAUAAAUAAUUUGGCACUAGAUAAUUCUAAACCUGUAUUGCUUCCAUGUAGGCCAUCUCAUAGUAACUGUGUACCCAAGUAGGGAAAUGCCCCAUCAGGCAUCGGCAAACAAAGUCAUUGUUGGUUUGUUGCUGUUCUUAUGUGACUGCAGUGUUCUAAACAGCGUA